UUUGGAGUUCAUGGGAUAAAGAUGAGUCGUGUAGUAGGGCGGAAGAAGAAAGUCCGGUUUUGAGUGCCAAGCAUUGUUGUUAAGGCACUGGACAUCAUGGAUCUUGAAAUUAGCUGAGCAGGACAAAUGAACGUGUUAAUUGUCUUUGUUGCUAGUUGUGUGUGUGUUAUGGGCUUGAACACUCAGAGUUGCAGUGCUUCCUUCUGCAGGAGGCCAUGAUUCUGGCCUGGUCAAGGCUCAGCCCCCACUGUAUUCCUCCUUUGAGGGUCAUUCUUCAAGAUGACUCUAUCCCUUACCCCUAGACUUUAAAAACUUCCUUCAAUCGACUCUAUAUAUUCUAGAUUUAUACCUCGAGGUCCUCCAAAGUACCACCAAAGAGAUUCUGUGCCGAACUCGUUAUGGCUCGGCGAACAAAGGCGGAAUUUCUCCCCGCCCAACCCCCGGCCGACGCUCAAUGCCACCGCAUCGACUUUACCCAGUCCGACCCACCGCUGCCUGAAUACAAGGACCUUUGCGCUGCAGUCAUUGACAAUGCAUUCACCAAGGAGGAAUGUGACGAGCUUCUUCGUCUAGCCGAGGCCAGCACCGUCCCGUCAACGAAGCCCGGGGACCGGACCGCCGCCGCCACGGCCGAACCCACCUGGGAGCGCGCCAUGAUCAACCUGGGGAACGGCAAACAGGCGCUCGCAGUGGACACCCGCAACUGCGGGCGGAUCAUCUACGACUCGCCUGAAUUGGCCGACAAGCUGCUGGCCCGGCUGCGGCCCUUCUUACAGGAGCUGGGGGGCAUCGAGGUGAUCGACAACCAGCCCCGGGUGACAGGCCUGGCCGGUCGCAACGCCGUCUACCGACUCACCCGUCUCAACGAGCGACUGCGCUUUCUGAAAUACGAAGGGGGUGAAUACUUCCGACCGCACUGGGAUGGACACUACCGGACGCCGGACGGGCGCGAGACCUCGUACUACACGGUGCACCUCUAUUUGAAUGGGGAUGGGGAGCAGGAUCGCGCGGAACUGACGCGGGAGAUGAAGCGCCUGGAAAAAGGCGAGGGCGUUGUGAACUUGGACACGAAGGGAUCUCUGCUGGGCGGUGCGACCUCCUUUCUGCCUCGGUUCGAGGAGAAGGAGCGCCAUCUUCGCAUCUUUCCCCGGACGGGGUCGGUGCUGGUGUUUCAGCAGAAUGAUUUGCUGCAUGGCGGGGAUCCUGUGAUACGUGGGGUCAAGUACACGAUGAGGACGGAUAUCAUGUAUCGAAGGGAUUGAUUGAGCGGUGGUGGAGAUUGAACUGCGAGGCCAGUCAUGGCUUGUGGGACGGAUGAAGGGUAGCUUAGCUGGGCUUUUCGAGUACCUGAGGAGAGAUGUUAAUGUAUUAUGAUGAUCUCAUAUUAGAUAUGCUUGUGAGCAAUGCAGAAGUGGCUUUGUUCGGGGCGGGGGGGGUUACCCAUACUCGGAAAGGUAACGCGAGAAGUAGACUCGGGAUGAAAGCAGUCGAACACGAAGCGCAGGCGGAGGAAUGCCGGGGUUGGCCUGAAGUUUCUGGGGGGCGGGAUUGCGUCAACCUACCCGAGCCGUCAGUCAGCCAGUGCCAGUGUCAGUGUCAGUCAGCCCUCCAACAAGGCUGCCCGCCGGCAUCCGCCAUCGCUUGCCGAUCCAGGGUCUUCCCUUCAAGGUUGAUCGGCCACCUAUGCAUUACGAUAUUAUUUAUUGAAAUCUUCGUCAAAAGGCUCUU